CUAAACCCCUUUCUUAAACCCCAACCACAACCCUGUACCUUUCCAAUCUUCGCCCCAAUCCUGAAUCACCUCUUCCCUCCGCCUCCCCUAACCACCCCAAACCUGAAAUCUUAACAGCUUUGGGUCGUCGGAGAAUACAUAGGAGGAGGCUCUGGGUUCGUCCAUGGGUGAAGGAUGCCGAAUCUUGAACCAGCAUGAUAUCUGCCUCCUCUUCCUCUCCAGUCUCAAAACUACUACUCCUCCUCACGCGGCGGCGCCGCUCUCUCUCUCCCUAUUCGACCUUACCCCCGUUCUCUUCCAAAACCCUGAUCCACCACAUCUCCAACGCCUUCCUCCAAAACAACCCCAAACUCUUAAACCCUCAUUUUCUCUCCAAAUUACAACCCCACCACCUCCAUCCCAUCCUCCUCUCCCUUCAAUCCAACCCCGUUUCCGCCCUCCGCUUCUUCGACUGGUCCCACGGCUCCCUCGGCCUCCACCACUCCCCGCAGUCCUUCUGUGACCUCAUUCACCUGCUGCUCCGCAACCGGAUGCUCGCUCCGGCUUCCCGCCUUUUCGACACAAUGGUAGGUCAGUUCGGGUCUCAGUUUGACUAUUUUGCUGCAUUUUCUGAUUGUUUUCGGAAUCACAGUUCCGAUGUUAGUCUUGUUUCUAGCUUUCUGAUUGAGAAUUUUUGUCGAAAUGGGAUGUUGGAUUCGUCUGUUGAUACCUUCAUUCGUACGUAUAAAUUGGGUGUUCGGGUGUCUCCUUAUGCGUUGUCUAGAAUGCUGAAUUGUUUGGUUGAUGCGAAUCGCGUCGACAUGAUUCUCGAUGCGUAUGGAGAAAUCUGUAGUGCAUUGAGAGGACAACAUUUUUGUGCGUAUGAGUUUAUUAUGGUUGGUCUUCUGAACAAGGGUAGAUUCGAAACGGGUUUGGAAUUUCAUUCUGCAUUGAUUGACAGAGGCUUUUCGCUUGACAUUGUUGCUUGUAACAAGAUUUUAAAACGUCUUUGUAAAGAAAAUCAGGUUGGAGAUGGUGAAGAUUUCUUUACGGUAUUGCUAACUGUUGGUCCGAAGCCAAAUGUGGUGACGUUUAGCACGAUGAUUAACGGGUAUUGUAAAGAUGGGAAAUUGGAAGAGGCAAAGAAGCUUUACAAGAUUAUGAUAGAGAAGGGUAUCAGUCCUGACUUGGUUGUAUAUAGCAUCCUAGUUGAUGGUCUUUUUAAGGCAGGAAAAUUCGAGGACGGGUGUUGGCUUUUCUCAGCGGCGUUGGAUGGUGGGAUUAAGUUGGAUGUAGUCAUUUUCAGUUCUUAUGGAUGCGUACGUGAGAAUUGGAGAUCCAGUGAAGUCAGUGGAGGUCUACCGAAGAAUGCUGAAAGAAGGGAUCUCACCAAACUCUGUUAGUUACACCAUUCUUAUUAACGGCAUGUGUCAGGAUGGUAAGGUCACGGAGGCUUGUGGAAUAUUUGGUCAGAUUUUGAAGUGUGGUUUUGUGCCAUCGAUUCUGACUUAUAGUAGUUUGAUUGAAGGAAUGUGCAAAAUAGGGAAUUUAAAAGAUGCAUUUCAGCUGUAUGAAAGUAUGAUCAAGACGGGCUAUGAACCUGAUAUUAUUCUUUACGGUGUGUUAUUAAAUGGCCUUUGCAAAAAUGGGCUGAUGGGUGAUGCUCUUAGGUUCUUCUUUCAAGCUGUUCAUAGGGGCGUUAAGCCAAAUGUCUAUACUUUCAACAUGUUAAUAGAUGGUUGCUGCAGAUUGAAACGAUUGAGGGAUGCUGUGAAGGUGUACAUCCAAAUGGGAAUUUAUAACAUAAAACCAGAUGUGGUGACGAAUACCGUGCUUAUUAAGGGUAUUUCUGAAGUAGGGAGAUUAAACGAUGCGUUGGUUUUUUUCUUCCAAUCAGUAAAGAAGGGUUUCUUACCAGAUGUUGUAACAUAUUGCACACUGAUUGAUGGUUGCUGCAAGCAGAAGCAUUUACAUGCUGGACUCAGGCUAUUUGAGAUGAUGCGAAGAAAUGGAGUAAAUCCCGAUAUUGCCAUUUAUAAUGUCCUCAUUAAUAUGCUGUUCAAAGAAAAUUGCAUAGAUGCUGCGCAGGAAGUCUUUGAGCGGUUUGCUGAAAGUGGUCCGGAACCUGAUAUCAUUACAUACAACACAAUGAUUUGUGGUUAUUGCUGUCAGAGAAGGUUAGAGGUGGCUGUUCAACUUUUUGAAGAGAUGAUGCAGGGGAAGUGCAAACCCAAUGCCAUUACUUGCACUAUAUUGAUUGAUGCAUUUUGUAAAGAAGGUAAAAUGGACGACGCAAUGUUGAUGUUUGAUAAAAUGCUGGAAAAGGAUCCUGAACCUAACGUGGUCACAUAUAGUUGUCUGAUUGAUGGGUUUUUCAAGUCUGAAAACACAAAAAGUGCCUUUGAACUACACGAAGAGAUGCUUAAAAGCAUCUCUCCAAAUAUAAUCAGUUAUAGCAUCCUCAUUGACGGUCUUUGCAAAAGAGGACUUGUGGAGAAAGCAUCCCUUGCAUUUCAUUGCGCUAUAAACAGGGGCCUGGUGCCAGAUGUAAUAGCAUACGGGAUUCUGAUUCACGGUUACUGCAAGGUAGGAAGAACGGCAGAAGGCCUCGUGUUGUAUGGGCGUAUGUUAACAAGUGGGAUCAUGCCGGAUGCUGUCAUACAAAGGAUGAUUGCGGAGCAUAUCCUUGGAGCUGAUCGGCGAAAAUAUGAGGGUACUCCCAACCACAUGAUUUGCAGAUAAGAUCUGUUGUUUAGUACAGUGACACAAUUAACUGAAGCAAAGCUAGUGUAAAAAUAGUGACACAAUUACAGUUUAAUAGUUAAUUUACUUUGUAUUUCAAAGGUAACUUUCAGAAUUUUCGUCACAUAUCAUCCUUACAAAAAAUCACUAAACUUGGAAACCAUAAGACGAGGUGCAGGAUAUUGCAGGUUUCUCCGGGAUGUAAGAACUCGUUUUCCCUUGGUACGCAAAUUGUAUCCAAGCUCAGCACCCGGCAGCCAAGUAUCCAUCAGGUGAUCGAAACUCUGCCCUAUAACAACGGAUGAAUCAGAUGCAUCAGUUAUGACAAAGUUCCCAUUGUCGAGAAGCUUUGCUGCACCAGAACUAGAAACAUUUGAUCUUCAACUAGUUGACCAUGCUAUAACUUUGGAGGGCUACUCAAGGUCAAGUUUCCAUUUUCGAAUUCUAAUACUCAAAAGUUUUGGUUUGGAAACAGGUUGUUUUCGGUUUGUGAACCAAACCAUAAGUAGAUUCUUGUACCAGAUGUCUAUGUAAUAGUUUUGAGAUUCACCUGGUGUGAAGGAACCGAGCUCAAAUGUUCCACCGGGAGAGGUGAUUGUUUGGCUCCCGGAAAGAUACUGGCCUGGAGAGAUGGCGUGAAACGCCGUGGACAUACAAGCAAUAAAGGUAGAACAUAAUCAAAAUCCUAAUGAGUAUGAUACACUGGAGCAUAGUAGAAUCUUCGUAUCCACCCCUUAGAUUAAAUUGCAACAAAGAGUUAGAUUUGCUGCAAACAGAACACAAAACUUGUCCUUCCUUUCAUUGGAUCAUAACCAGAACAAAUAUUGUUCUUGCAGACCCUUGGACUUUAACUGCUGUAAUAUUUUUACUACCCUUCCUUCCCUGUUUGGGGUAAUCAGACUAUGAAUGCGACCAGGCCUACAACCAUCCCUACAAAUAUCUCCCAAAACAUCCCAAGUCUUAGAAAGCCAUGGAAUUACGAGAAAAUCUUGUGUCCACUUAGAAGACCAUGUCAUCUGUAUGCCCACUCACACAACUAGGCAGAACCGCCCUUGUUUUGGGGACCACCACUGGCUCGAUUCCACCAAUUCCAA